AUGCUUUUUAGUGAUUCUCCACUCGAUUUGCGACUGAAAGCGAUGCUUAUCUGUGAUGUCCUUAAUAUAGCAGCUAUACCAUUGAGUGUCGGUGUAAUGGAUGCUACAAUUUCAAAAAAAUAUGGUAUUACUGAAAAAAAGUUGAAGACAACAGUUGAAUUGAAAAGUGUUUGUCGAGACCUUAGCCAUCUAAAAUCAGGAGCUCUUCGUACGUGCAGUGCUAAAUAUUUCUGUAGACGUUUCAAAGUGGAUUUGAGUCGCAGAGGAAAUUUCGUUUGCUUAUUUCCAAGGAAAAUUGCUUGGCCAUUAUACAGUUGUUUUAUGGAAAAUUUAAGCGACGAUGAAUGGGACUUUAAACUACACAAAGAAUUGUUUGGCGUGAAAUCAGUUCGGGACAUAGAUUCCUCAUUGGUUUCACUGGUCCAUCAGCAGUUGUUGGAUUGUAAAAAUUACCCAUGCACAGAGUCGCUGUCAGAAAAUGUGCGUGUAUUUUUAUCAUCAUUACUGAAUGAUACUGAAUUGUUUAUGAAACCGAUGGAAACACCAAAUACAGCAUACGCAGCUUAUUUACCAAAAUUUCGACCGGAAUCUUAUAGAAGAACGCGUAGUUUGGAACGGAAGCUGGAAAACAAAACAAAGCAGAGUACGCUGGAAACUGAUGGCAAUGAAAAGCCUAAUAAUAAAUUACAACAAAACGUUGAAAAUUUAUCAAAUUCAAGAGGACUUGAUUCAAGUAUGCAGCUUAUUAAACCGUUAAUGGUAUCGAAGGCAGAUCAUCACACAAAGGCACCUCUAAUGGAUGCCCUUCAAACUGGUGUUGAAUUUAGAAAAUUCAAUAAUUGCGACAUUCAUAUCAAAAGGUUUAAUUUUUAUUGA